AUAUGUUCUAAAACCCUAAUCCAUAGAUUCACUCUUUCACCGUCGCUGUGCGGUUCAUAGGCAGGAGAGAGCGCAACAAUGGGUGCUUACACUUAUGUUUCGGAGCUAUGGAGGAAGAAGCAAUCGGAUGUGAUGAGAUUUAUGCAGCGGGUGAGGUGCUGGGAAUAUCGCCAGCUUCCUUCCAUUGUCCGUGUCACUCAUCCUACCCGACCCGAUAAGGCUCGUCGUAUGGGUUACAAAGCCAAGCAGGGCUAUGUGAUCUAUCGUGUUCGUGUGAGGCGUGGUGGAAGGAAGAGGCCAGUUCCCAAAGGUAUUGUCUAUGGAAAGCCCACAAACCAGGGAGUCACCCAACUCAAGUUCCAACGUAGCAAGAGAUCUGUUGCUGAAGAGCGAGCUGGAAGAAAAUUAGGUGGCCUUAAGGUUCUCAACUCUUACUGGCUCAAUGAGGACUCUACCUACAAGUACUUUGAGGUGAUCUUGGUGGAUCCGGCCCAUGCAGCUAUCCGCAAUGACCCACGGAUCAACUGGAUCUGUAACCCGGUUCACAAGCACAGAGAGCUUCGUGGGCUGACAUCAGCAGGAAAGAAAUACAGAGGUCUACGUGGCAAGGGACACUUGAACCAUAAGGCACGUCCUUCUAGGAGAGCAACAUGGAAAAGGAACAACACUCUUUCACUUCGUCGAUACCGUUAAUGAUGAUGAUGGGUUUAAAGGGUUGUUAUUAUUACAUUGUGAUAAUGUCUGGUUUUUUCUUAGUUUUAAAUUUCUGUUUUGGGAUUUUGGACGCAAUGUUUUUGGUUAAUUAUGGUUUAAGAACCAAGUUCAGUUUGUCAUUUGAGAGAUAUUUGAUUCUGUUGUUUAUUGAAAGAGAAUGAUGCUUUUAAAA